AGUUUCAUUUUACCGAAGAAACACAUCGUGUGUACGAAUAUUUUGAUUUGAUAAUUACUUUAAUUGAUAACCUAUUGUAAAUAAAAAACAUGAAGCGGUUCAUUUGUUUUUUAGUAUUUCUUGCUGUCAGUGUAUGCUGUGACGCGAAAUAUUUUAAGACGCAUUGCGAUUUAGUUCACGAAUUAAGAAAACAAAAGUUUGCAGAAGAUAAAAUGAGAGAUUGGGUAUGUCUGAUAGACAGCGAGAGUGGUCGCCGCACUGACGUCAUAGGUGGACCCAACAAGAAUGGUUCCCGGGACUAUGGAUUGUUCCAGAUCAAUGACAAUUUCUGGUGCAGUAACAGCACUACUCCUGGAAAGGGAUGUCGCGUCACUUGUGCUGAUUUGAUCACGGACGACAUCACAAAGGCGUCGAUUUGCGCGCACAAAAUCUUCAGGCGCCAAGGAUUCCCCGCGUGGCAUGGAUGGACGAAGCGCUGCCAAGGAGACUUGCCUGAUAUUAGCGACUGCUAGUUUUAAAAUAAUUGUAAAUGAAUGAAUGAAUGAAUAUUCUUUAUUGCAGAUCACAGAUCCAUAUAAAAUGUUAGUAAAAGCUUGUUAGUAAAGUACUCUAAUUAAAUGUUAAAAAUAAAAAUGUCGACUGCACGGUUGACGCGGUGGCUAUGUGACUGGCUGCCGUGUAACGUGAAGUGGGUUCGAUUCCCACUCGCAGCAACUCUUUGUGUGAUCCACAAAUUGUUGUUUCGGGUCUGGGUGUUGUUGGCUGUGUGUUGGUAUAUGAACAUAUUGAACAUGUAUGUUUGUAAACGCACCCACGACAUAGGAUAAAAUCCUAGCGUAGGAUAGUACGUUUUCUUUAAAAAAAAAGUAUUAAGUAAUAUGUCGUGUGACUGAAGCUUUGUACCUAACAAUUCUAUUGUUGCGGAUUACCUUAAAAAAUUAAGACUGGUACACCAUUGUAAUACAUGUUUUUAAUUUAAUUAAUUAACUACCGCAUACAGAGAUGUUUAAUGAUUACUUAAACUAUUCCUUAGUAACGAUUUUGUCUCUCCCUCUCUCUCUCUCAACGUCACCUUUUAUCCCCGAAAAGGUAGGCAGAGGUGCACAUUACGGCACGUAAUGCCGCUAUACAAUGUACAUUGUACACCCACUUUUCACCAUUCGUGUUUUAAAUCCCAUGUAAUAGGGGGCGAGACGUAACGAUUUUAUAUGGAAAACAAUAGCUAAGGACUGGGUUAAGUUACCAUUAAACGACUCUGAGUACGGCGGUAAGAGUUUGUCAGCAAUUGUCUUGUUUUUGCUUUGAACCGAAUAACGAAUGUGUAAUGUGAUAAUGCUUAUCAAUACUUAGAUUUUACAUAUAUUAAUAAGUUUAGAAUUUUAAAAGUAUAAUUAUUAGACCUAGAUUUAACUUACAAUAAACAUGCCUAUGAUUAUGUAUUCGAUUGUAAUAUAUUUUAAUCUGUCCGUCUGUAUACCGUUAUCUAUAAUAACAAAAUUAUAUUAAAGCCAAAAAGUUUGUUUUCGCUAAUCUCAGGAACUGCCGGUCGAGUUUGAUAAAACUAUUUUGCAUUUGAUAGCCCCAUUCGGGACGGAGCACGUACGGUUCUAAUGGUGUUACGGUUCGAUAUCUGAUUCGAUUAGACUGUGUAGGUGUAAGUACAGGUGAAUUUAGGACAGAUAUUGGAUUUACUUUUAA